AUGUCGACCUCCGGUGAAGAACACGCCUUGAACCAACUGCAGGUGGAGCAAUCGAAACUGCUAGACAAGAUCGAUGAGCUACGCAACCUCGGUAUCGGCGGACUCGUGGAGUUACCUCAACUGAUUGUUUGUGGCAAUCAGUCAAGUGGAAAGAGUUCCGUGCUCGAAGCCAUCUCCAGAGUGCGGUUUCCAGCCAAAGGAAAUGUCUGUACCCGAUUCGCGACCGAGGUCAUCCUUCGUCGUAGUCCACAAGCGCGAGUCAAAGUGUCUAUCGAACCGGGUGCUUCACGCACCGACGAACUUGAGCGAGCGAGGCUCCAAUCAUUCACCUCCGAAUCGUUUUCCACCGGCGAAGACCUUAAAAAUUUGAUCAAGGAUGCUGAAGCGUGCAUGAGAAUUGAUGGCGGCCAGCUCUCCACAGCAGGCUACAGCGAUGAUGUUCUAAAGGUCGAGAUCUCUGGCCCCGAGAAGCCAGAGCUCAGUCUGGUUGACCUUCCGGGGCUUUACAGCUCCGUCAGCGAUGACCAGAAUGAAGAAGGAAUGAGGUUAGUGGAGGAGUUGACGAAGAAGUACAUGGAGAAUAAACGAAGCAUCAUCCUGGCCGUCAUCAGCACGAAACUUGACUAUCAUCAUCAACGGGUCUUGAACCUGGCAGGAAAAAUUGACCCCGGACACGAGAGGACACUGGGAAUAGUGACCCAGCCUGAUACUCUUUCACCCGGCUCGGAAGAGGAAGACACCUAUCUCAAAUUCAUCAAAAAUGAAAAAGUCAACCUACAGCUGGGAUGGCAUGUGCUCUGCAAUCGAAAGUUUGAGACGCGGAACACUUCGCACGAUGAGCGAGACCGGCAUGAACGCGUUGUUCUCGAGCGAGGCCGUUGGGCUUCACUUUCUCGUGAGAUUGUAGGGAUCGACAGCCUAAGACGACGCCUGAGCAAUAUUCUACUGAAGCACAUUCGCCGCAGCCUCCCGGAUCUGAUCUCGGACAUACAAAACAAGAUCUCGGAUCACGAACAAGAGUUAGCAAAGUUGGGCACCGCAAGGUCAACCGUUAAAGACCAACGAGGGUUUCUUGUGGACAUAAGUAGCAAGUUUGGUCGCAUUACAGACCAGGCUUUGAACGGAAUGUAUUCCGAUGAUUUCUUCGGGGGGUUCGAUGGCCAGAAAGCGAACCAGGAUACCCACAAUUUCCGUCGAUUGCGGGCAGUCAUUCGUGAGAUGAAUGAGAAUUUUGCGGAAGCCAUCAGUAUCCGUGGCUGCCGAAGAAUCAUCCGCCAAACUGAGUCAAGUAUCCCCUUUUCAACCCUUCAGCAGCAAAGGGCCAAACCCUACAUGGAUGGGUGGGUACCUAUAUAUGUCAAUGAAGAGAGCCUUCAAGAGGAAAUUAAGGAGCAGGCAGUCGAUAACCGCGGUAUAGAGCUUCCAGGAAACGCAAAUCAGAUGCUCGUGGGGAGUUUGUUCCGCGACCAGUCCGAACCCUGGGAAGACCUUGCCGAGACUCAUUUAAAGGGUGUCUGGGGAGCGGUAAAUUAUUUUGUUGGCCUUGUACUCGAGCAUCUAACGGAUCAACACACUUACCAUUUACUGAUGCGCGACCUCAUCAUUCCCGAGAUGGACCGUUUGAGAGUCUCUCUGUUCGAAAAGCUUCGGGAACUGACUUCCUACAGAAGAUGUGGUCAUCCUCUGCCCCUGGGGAAGAGCUUCCUUUCCAAAAUCCAGCAGUCACGCAAAAAGCGUCAACUCGCCGUGUUGAAAAAGGAGCUUGGCCUUGCUUCAUCCCCAUUCUUCCCGAGUGCAGACGAUCUUGAAAAAACGUUCAAUGCCAGUGACCUUGACCGAGCAGCUUCUCAAUUGCAGUCAUCCAGUGACCAAUUUGCAGCGGCAGAAAUCAUUGAUCAGAUGCAGGCCUACUACGAUACCGCUAUCGUGACUUUCAUCGACAAUAUCGCGACUCUUGCAAUUGAGAACUGCUUGCUCCGACCCCUCGAACACAUUUUCACAGGCCAGACGAUCGUUGGUAUGGAGGAUGCCCAGAUUCAAAGCAUUGCAGCAGAGCCGCCGAACGUCGAACUCGAUCGUAACCGUCUAAACGAAGAAUUGAACAAGUUGCACGCAGGAAGGCAAACCCUCAGCGCCUUUAGUACGGACGGCCCCUUGAUGCCAUCUCGGCCCGUCUUUAUUGUCGUCUCGUUCGGAGACAUCUAG